AUGGAAACCGCCACUCCGCACCUAUGUCAGGACCUCCAGGACACCUACCAUUCCUGUUGCACUGCACCAAAGACUGGCAAGACUAGCAGAGGCACUGCAUACUGGCUAUGCAUUACAGCUUACCAGCUGAUCUAUUCAAUGAUAACGUCGAGCUUUGCCCUCUCGGUUCUACCGAGAGAAGCAGAAAGGCUUAACAGCGAAGCCUCGAGCCUGUGGCUGGCAGUCUAUGUGAUGAUUUGCGGAGCCACGCAGCUUGUAUGUCCCGUAGCAGGCAUGUGUUCAGAUCGCUUCUCCUCCGCUUGGGGGCGGCGACGUCCGAUUCUUGUAGCAGGCAGCCUGGUGGCCAGUGCAGGCUUUGUCCUGGUCUAUUUUGCAAGCCUGCUGUCAUGGCCAAAGACGUUCAUGCUGGGGUUGCUUGCGACAGAGAUGGCACUCAAUGUGGCUUAUGCCGCCCAUGCCGCACUGCCAGCAGACCUGAGCGCAGCAGGCGCCAGAGAUCUGGAGUCUACAGGUCCGUGCCGAGAUGCCGAGGCUGGCAUCGUCUCCGGGAUCAUGGCAUUGCACUCCUUCAUUGGAGCUGUGUUGGCAAUGGGCGUCAUGGAACUGAUGAAAGGUCAGCCACUGCAAAUGUUCUACAUAACUUAUGCGGCUGGGGUGGUUUUCUGUUCGUCAAUUGUAUGCGCAGUUGCCAAGGAAGAAGCCAGCGUCCAGACUUCGGCGGCUUUACCCAGCAGAGGUGAGAUACUGUCCGCAUACACCCUGGAUCUGCCGGCCGAUCUUGACUUUUUUUGGGUCUGCUGUGGACGGCUUCUCUUCUACACAAGCCAGGCCGUGAUAGUGUUUAUGGAGUAUUUCAUCCGCGACAUGUUCGAGGCGGUGAUCGAGAAGCGCUUGCUUCUGAAGACGUUGAAAGUGAAGGAAGAGGCAAUGGUGAUCUCGCGAUUGAGCACGUUAGUUCUUAUCGGACAGCUCGUUGGCGCUGCCGUGGCACUCCCCAGCAGCCGUCUUUCUGAUAGAUUCGGCUGCAAGCCGAUGGUGUUCGCUUCUUGUUAUGUACUAUGCGCAACCUUUCUGACCUUCGUCAUUGCACCAAAGUUCGGAUGGUAUGUCAUGGAGAUUGGAGCUACUCUGUACGGCUUGGGAGCUGGGUCCUACAUGAGUGUCGACUACGCGCUUGCUCUCAAGUGCCUGCCGACGUCAAAGGAGAGCGCACAAUCCUUUGGUCUUUGGGGCAUUGCCGGCUUCCUCGGCAGCUGUUUGGGCCCGUUCUUGGUCGGAGGAGUCUUGUUUUUUUUCCCACAGCCAGGCAGCCAGCCGAGGACAUGGCAGAGGAGCCAUUUCCAGUUCAAGGGCUAUGCUCUUGGCAUUCUUGUGGCCGGUGCUCUUCCUGCGCUGGCCGUGAUCCGCGCAACCAUGUACAUUCGAAGGGAAGUUUAG